AUGGCACCCAGUUUGACUGUAGAACGGUUUCAUCCGGUGCCCGUGCCUAUGAUAGAUCACCAAGGGACAGAGUACUCUUUGUGGCUUUCUUCUUUGCAGGCUUACAAUGGGCACCACCAAGCCUUGGAGGUCCUCCUCCAGUCACUAGUGGACCUGGACAUCAGGGAUGAGAAAGGUCGGACGGCUUUGUAUCUAGCUGCUUUCAAGGGCCACACAGAAUGUGUGGAAGCACUUGUUCACCAGGGUGCCUCCAUCUUUGUGAAAGACAAUGUCACCAAAAGAACUCCUCUUCAUGCCUCAGUUGUUAAUGGUCACACGCUGUGUUUGAGACUACUACUCGAAAUAGCAGACAACCCGGAGCUGGUUGAUGUGAAAGAUGCCAAGGGACAAACCCCACUGAUGCUUGCAGUAGCAUAUGGACACAUCGAUGCCGUCUCGUUGUUACUUGAAAAGGAAGCAAAUGUAGAUGCUGUUGACAUAGUGGGAUGCACAGCUUUACAUAGAGGGAUUAUGACAGGGCAUGAGGAGUGUGUGCAAAUGCUGCUGGAGCAAGAAGCGUCAAUCCUCUGUAAAGACUCCAGAGGCAGGACACCCCUGCACUAUGCGGCUGCUCGAGGCCAUGCCACCUGGCUGAGUGAGCUGCUCCAGAUCGCCCUUUCUGAAGAGGACUGUUGCCUCAAAGACAACCAGGGCUACACGCCGCUGCACUGGGCUUGUUACAAUG